CCUCCACACCCGCCAUGUUGCCCGAGAGAGCGCGAGACAGUGAGACAGAGCGGCGAGGGCCCGCUCCUUCUUCACCCACCUACACGAGCGACGCCGGAAGCUGCUCUCGAUGGACUCAGAAGGACUGCGUUGUUUUUCACAGUUACAGUUCACGACGAGGCUGUCCAAGCACUUACGGUGAUGAACCUGCAAAGGAGACUGAGAGGCGUUUAUUAUUAGAGAAGGCAAGGGAAAACAGCGUUUCACGGAAGGAGUGAUUAACCGCAGAGUGCUACUAGGAAGUCAAGUAAGAGGACUGAAAAAUGUCAGUUGUAUAUAGUAACAUGGAAGACAUUGGUGACCUUAGCAACAGCUACUUAGAUAGUGAGAGAUGGAAUGCGGACUCCAGAGAGUUGAGGAAUGAGAGGGAGGUGAGGAAAUAAGAGACUCUCCUCAUCCUUCAAAUUUCAGCUGAAAUGCCACUCCCUCCGAGACUCUUCCUCGGUGUUUUCAAAGCUGAAAAUGAUCCUUGGGGAUGAAAUCUGAAGAACACAGAACAGAAAGAUGGGAUGAUGCUGGAUCCUUGGUGAUGUCAUUCAGCCACUGAAUUGGAAUCCAUAGGCUACUUAUCCUACCUCCAAACAUCUGAGAUAUCAUAUUUCUGUGUUGUUAAAUUUCUGGUAAUUAUAAAUAAAGACAUUCUAACUUUAUACAAAUUCCAGAAUGUACACGACUUGGUGCUCAACUGGCUCUUUUAAUCCAGAAAUUCCAAGUUUACAUUUCCAGUGACUGAGGAUGACCAAAAUAAAAGACAUGAAUGGAAUCAGUUGGUCUUGAAGUUCUGAACGGAACUCUGGUACAAAGUUAUUUUGGAGUCAGAACCAACAGAUCUCUAAUAUUCCUUGGGUCUGAAAAUUGCAGCAACUGGUGAGACAGAAGCUAUUAUGAAUAAUGCUACUAUGAACAUUCCUGUACAAGUUUUGGUGUGGACAUACAUGUUUUCAUUUCUAUUGGAUAUAUAUCUAGGAGUACAAGUGCUGAGUCAUAUGGGAUAAUUCUAUGUUCAACAUUUUGAUGAACUACCAGACUAUUUUCAAAAGCAACUGCAGCAUUAUACAGUCCUACCAGCUAUGUAUGAGGUUUCUAAUUUCUCCAUGUGUUGUCAACACUUAUUAUUGUCUUUUUUUAAAUUAUAAUCAUCCCAAUAGGUCUCAUGGCAGAAUGGAAGACUUUACUGAAGCCAAAUCUUUGGAUAUUGGGCCCAUCUAUUUCUUUGAUCAGAUGAAACCAAAAAGGAAAAUAUGGGAAAAAAGAGAACAUGAAGGCCAUUUCCCCCAUUUGAGAUACACCUCAAGAGCUAUUUAUAGUCGUACAAACAGUACAGUAUCUAAAGAACAAAAGGAAGCAAGACUAUCUACAGUAUCUGAAUGUGAGAAGAAAGAUGAAUUCCAUUCAUCUGGGAUCUCACAAAUUUCUGGUGUUUCCAAGUUUUCAUCUAACCUUCGAUUCACCAAAAUAUACCGGCAAAAGAAUCUAUUUGAAGAAUAUAAACUGAUUGCUGCUGAAAUACUGAGUGAACUUGGGGAGAUAUUGCAGAAAUAUGCUGAGUAUAACAUUACUUUCCCUGCGGGAAUUGUAAAUCUUAUGAAUUACAGCUGGCAUGAUCUUAUUGAAGGUGUUUGUAAGUGUGCAACGAAAAAUUUGAAGAAAAACAAUGCCUUAAAAAGAGAUUCCAAAAACAUGACCCAAAUCAGCACCUGUGCAAGAGAGGAAUAUCAUAAGGAAAAUCAUCUUAUGAAAGCAAAAAAAGACCACCCUGUUUCAUCUGCUCUUGUGAAACAAAACCAGUAUUCACAGAUCCCGCAGGAUAGCCAUUUACCUGUUGUCAUCCACUUCUCCCUGUUAUCCAAGAUCUGUUUAGAAAAUGGUUGGAUCUUUCAACAUCCUCACUCAAAAUUGGAAAUUCUGAAAUGGAAGACAGUCCUCAAUACUGCUGUGAAGAGACUACAAGAAGCCAUAAUUCAAAUAAAAGCAGAAGAAGCAAAGCUUAAAAAAGAAGGAUUCAACAAAUGUCUUAUCCUGCGCCACUAUAAUGAUCCUAAAGGCGUGGUGAAGGUAGACAACAGUCCCAAAGUUUCCCAAUGUUUCUGGCUGGAGCUGCUGAAGAGGAAGCCUAAGAUGCCAACAGUCAAAGAGGCUGACCCAGAGAUGAAAAAGUUCCAUUAUGCCCUGGUAGACGGUUCCUCUUUGACCUACUAUCCUUCUGGCCGCCUCGCUGUCUGCCAAAGCUAUUCUGCUCUCCCUUGGGGUGGCAUGUACACCAACAUAUUCAGUGACCUGCCAAAUCAAGUUAUCCUGGGAACCUUUACACCUUUUGGAUGUGGUAGCAUUUCUUUUCCUAAAAGCCUAAUAAUAUCAAUGAUGUUUAAUCAGGAUGGUGGCAUGGUGAUCGGCAAAAAAGGAAACAUUAUAAGGGAAUGGAUGUGGCCUUCAAAGGGAAAACUUGAUGAUCCAGUUGAAAUUUGGGUGAACGAGUUCAUUACAGUGGAGAUUUCUGGGCGCUUUGCCAUAACCUUGGUCUACAAAUGGCAUCCCCAAAGCCUAAGGCUAUCUCUGGCACCUGUAAAAUGCAAGUUUUUCCAUCAAGGUUUACCUGAGGAGCCAUUCCCUGAUGUCAACCCCAUCUCCAAAGAAGCCAUGGAGUUAUUCAAGGCCUAUAAAGUAAAGUGCAAACAUACGAAAUCUGCAACACAGGACAAAGAUCCUUCAAGUUUAACAGACACAAUGAAAAUAGCUACGUUUGAUCCCGUAAUGGACAUAAGCCCUAUGUCUGACAUCACAACAGUUAUUAAAUUAAGAAGACUGCAGAAAAAGGUCAAGCACAUCCUACUUCACUGGCUGGAUUACUACAGAUUUGCUUUAGGAAUUGAAUCCCUGUACACUUGCAAAAUACCCAAGUCGCCACAAAAAGUGAUCAAGAAACAAAAAGUCUCAUCAGCAAAAUUUCCUCUGAAACAAAGUACAAAGGAAAAAGAUGAGAAUAAGGAGUAUCUUCAAUACCAAAAUACCUUCCGAAAACUGAAAGGUAUCUUUCAGCCUUCGCCUCUCUAUUGCAUCCGGAAGACCCCAGUCAGCAAUCAGUACCUCAGGCUUCCUCUUCCUCCCAUUGAGAGCAAGGACGCAUGGUUUGCUUCCCAGCUGCUUUGUCCUGUGGUCCUCAGGAGGACACUGUGUGGGAAGGAAGGGGGCACAUGCCAAUGUGGCACUUACAGCAUCCCUGAAGUGACAGACCUGGAGUAUGAUCACCUUAUAAGCACCCAGCUGUCCUCCGUGGAUCAGGUCAUUAUAGUCCACGUGACCUCAGCUAAGGAAACAGACAAGACUAUAAAAGAAAUGGCCCAAGUGUAUAGGAAACUGAACAGAUCCAAAAGCAUGCCUUGCAUUCAGAGUUGUUCAGAUCCCUUUCGAUUGCUCAAAUACAACAUCACCUCUGCAUCUAAAUUUACUGGCAACAGUUGUCCACUUCUGGUUCAAAGGCACAAUGUCAUUCCAGGAAUUUUUUUGAUGUACAUUAGGGGAAAAUUAGUAUUUGCCAACUUUAUUUUCAAUGGCUAUAGCACAUCUGCUAAAGACCUUCAAAAGCAAAUUGUGAAGACAAAGAGUGAUUAUCAUACAGGAUAUUUCCUACCCAAUGACUUCAGGAUCCGGUAGAGUAACUAAUAUAUUCUAUCUUGUCUCACACUUUUAAUUAGUAAAUCCCAGAUAAGGGCCAAAUUUCAAGAACUGCCUUUAUGAAUGUGUGUUCCUUGCUUCAAAUCUUUUCUGGAAAGAGGUAGUUUAAAAGCUCAGUUCAAAUGUUUGGGGGCAUCUUUUAACUUGCCGAGUAGACAUCCUGAGCAAAGCUCACCCUCAGGGUUGAAAAAAUUUAUGGAUAAGAAAUUAUCAUUGAAAUUAAAUGGUGGUAGGUCCAAGGAAUAUUGUAGGGAUUCGAUCCCUUUAUGAAUCUUGUGAUAGAUCAUUGUGUGGAAAUGGCUAUUGGGCAACAGAAUGAUAUUGGAAUGGUGGUAAUUGAAAAAAUAAACAAUGGGUAUAUUCACCAGAAGAAAUCAACUGCUCCCACACCCCCCCCCCCGAACCUGUUUUAAUACAGUAUAAAAAUCAGGUCAUAUUACUCAGCAAUCAUAAAUAAUGAAAUCUUGCCAUUUGCAACGUGGAUGGAGGUAGAGUGUAUUAUGUUAAGUGAAAUAGAGACAAAUACCAUAUUAUUUCACUUAUAUGUGGAAAUCAAGAAACAAGAGAUGAAUGAAGGAGGAAAAAAGAGAGGGAAGCAAACCAUAUGACUCUUAACUAUGAGAACAAUCUGAGGGUUGAUGGGAAGGCAGGUGGAGUGAUAGCAAUCAGGUGAUGGGCAUUAGGAGGGAACUAGGUGUUUUAUGUGAUGAAUCAUUAAAUUCUAUCCCCAAACCAAUUUUACCAUAUAUGUUAACUAACUAGAAUUUAAAUAAUAACUUGAAAUAAAAUAAAUAAAAAUCAGGUCAUGUGCAUUUUCAUAUUGAACUUUUCUGUUAAAUAAAACUUUUGUAAUAGUAAAAGAAGUAAGUAAAUAAAAGUUGUUCAAGGAAGGCCACUUUCUCUUUAACCAGCAUUCAGUCUGCAGAGCCAUUUUGGAGCUACCACGAAUGUUCCCAAGACUGUAGCUAAGCUUAGAAAUGUAUAAACAAAUAGUUCAUUCAAUUACAUAGGACAAAGUAUGAUCCAUUGGAUGUUAGCUUCCUUCUUAAUUCAGUAGAUAUUUUCUGUCAGGAAGGUCGUACAAGUCAACAAAUAUAACAUGAUUAGAAUGUAUCCAAUGGCUGACAGUCACUGAGAAGGGUGAAAAGCAAGCUUUUAAAAUUCAUUUGCUGUUUCACUCUGAUAAAAUAUCAUGUGAGGCACUUUAAUGACCGAACAAACAAAACUUAGACUAAUGAAUCCAAAGCUUUCCUAGAAAACUGUCUUUUGUGGUUUUGUUAACAUAUUCUGAAAAAUACAGACAGAAGGAAGAGAAAAAGAAUUUUUACUUUUUGGCUAAUUCAUGUGGCAAACAUCAGAAUUAAAAAAAAAGGCACACACACAAAAGACACAAAGAAGUACAGAUUUUAUUAGAGACUAGUUAAGCUUAGGAGGAACAACAAUAAUACAGACAUAUACAAACCUACUGUUGGUUUUUGUAAAAAUCCUUUAAAAAUUCAGUAUGGUAAGAUAUAUCAAGCGAGCAAAGAAAGUAUUGAUGAGAAAAUCUUAGGUAGGGCAGGAGAUGUACAGUUCUACAUAAAAUAUAAGUAGUCAAAAAGUAAAAAUUAAAGGAUAUUCUUAAAUGGUAUUAAAAAAAAUACAGUUUAACACACUCCAGUGUUAAGACUGGAGUGAAGACUGACUUUAGAAACUUACUAUGUAAACAAGCCUGAACUCUGUAAGACAGUUCUCACAUUCCUAUUUUAGGUGUUCAUAAUUAACAAUGUCCAAAGAGAAUGCAAAUGCUCCUCAAAUACUGAGAACACUUACUGAACAUAAACAUAAGAUGGGUUCAUACAUUUCAGGCUAUGUCAAGAAAUAGUCACCUAUGCUUACAGAUCAGUGCAUGGAUACAAGAUUGCUGAUGUUAGAACACUGUCAUGUUUGGGUGAAUGCAAAAUGUCAUAAAUUCUGGAAGAAACUGAUAUAAGGCUCACCUAUUUAAUUGUAAUGUAGUUCAUUAGAAAAAAUUAAUUGGAAGAAUUGAGGCAUAAAUUAAGAGUGAAUUUAUAAGACAGUAAAAGCAUUUUAAUCAUUUGACAUUAAAAGGAAUCAAAAUCCAAAGAUCUUUAGAUCCAAGGUUUCGUUUUAUCAAAAAAAUACAUACAUAUACAGUACUAACAUGUAUAGUUUUGAUUUAUGUAAACAGGAAACACUGUGCAAAAAAGAAAACACUGAGAAGGGUAAUCAAAAUAUGAUUUAAAAGGCAAAAAUAAUAGAAGCCAUGGGAUGAAGCAUCUAUGUGAUGAAGGCAGUACAGAUCUAAUCCCAGGGUUGAGUUCUUCAGAAUGAGCCUCAAACUCACAGUCCUCUUUUAAAGGAUAACUCACUGAUCCAAUUUUUCUGGUGACAAGGCUUGGAGGAACAGCACAGUUUUGGGCUCUUUUCACAGUGGGAAUCCCCGAUUUGUCUGCAAUUAUUUCAAACAUGGUCUAAACCUAUUGAAAUGCCAGUAUUACCAAAAGUAUACAUUUCCAUUGUGUAUCAUAACCUUUGGGUUUGGGGUCUUUUCAUGCCUUUUCAGAAAUCCUGUCCUCAAACGAAAUAAAACAGCAAUGUCACAGUUAUGGUAGGAGACCAUGUGAUGAAUCAAGUAGGUCACAAUCUUUUAAAAACCCAGAGCAGCAGGGAACAACAACAACAACAAAAUAAUAAUAAUAAAAACCUUAUUCUGCAAAAUACUUCAGUAAUCUGUAAAGUAUUAAUCCAUUUUCACUCUAUCAUGCUUUUUAUCAACCAUAGCAGAUUCUGAAAUGUAGCCUCUACAAUGAGUCUGAAAUGAUGCUGUUCUUCCCAGAACUGAACCUAAAAAACAAGCUCAAAGCAGUGUGGUGGAUUCAAAAGAUUACAAGAAAAAAGGCACUGGUCUCCAGAAAAAAGAUUUUAAAAUUACUCGGCAUUGGAGUCAGAGGGCAAAGACCGAAUGCCUUUCGGAGAUGAUGCAUAAUUAAACAAGACUGUUAAUCAUAUUGUUGAGUAGAAAGUGUUUGACAAAGCCAAAGAAAAAAGAAACCAUUAAUUUAGGGGAGAAAUUUUUUUGUGUGACAAUGUCAUUUAACCACAAAAUAGAAAUCUGAUAAGUUACAAGAACAAUUCUCCUACUAGCAAUUAAUAAUAACCAUAUUAUAGAUCACAUUUCUACUGUGAUAACUGUAAUGUCAAAGUCUGGUAAGACUUUAUCUUGUUACCCACUGUCAUUCCUCUAAUUUUGGAAGGAUUAAUGAACCAAUUUUUGCUAAAAUGUAGGCACACAUACAAAAAAGUGAGUUCUGGUGAACGUACGAAGUCUAGUCAGCCUCAGGUUAUCUUCAGUCUUCACACUCUUGAUGUUCCGGGAAUGAUGCGCGAGUUUAGGUUGGUUCUAGGAUAGGCCCAGGGGCCUGGUUUGAUCUGGGAUCCCUGGGACCAUACCUAGAACAAACCCAAACAAAACGAAACUCCUUGGGAGUGCUUUCAGCUCAGGUGACUUCUGGGCUUUUCACUCAUAUGGACCUCCAGGGCUGUACCAGACCAUACAAUGUUUAAGGAAGGGGAGUAACAUUUCUGGAGUUUUCUGUACGUUGCCAGGUGCCAGUACUGUGCAGAAAAUACUUUGACUUAAACUUGGAAUUAAUUUUAAAAUUUACUUUGGGAGGGGUAAAGGAUAUGUAACUUCUUAGGAUAUCAUAAAAAACAAAAAACUUGUGAAAGACAUGCUUUAGUUUUAGAAAAAAUUUCAAAGAUGAAAUAAACUCAUUUUGUAGGUAGCCAACCUUUAGGAAAUGCUAUGAAAGUGAAAAAUGUAAAGUUCAAAACAAUAGAAUUAUUCUUUAUCUUGAGAAACUCUUAAGAUACAAAUAUGAUGGGAAAUACAUAUUUCUACAACAAUGGCUCAUAGAAUAUACCCACUUUGAAAAACAGUGUAUCAGAAGUAUACACAACUUAAAUACUGUCCUGUUUCAAUAACAUGUCUGAUAUGUGCCAAAUGAAAUUCAGUAAACAGGGAUGAAACAAAUUAACUCAACUGCUGACAGGUUAAAAUAUAUUAAAAUGUACAGCAUUUAAAAAAUACCAUAUGCAUUUUAAUUGAUCACACAUUUUAGAAUUUAUUCAUGUUAUACCUUUGUAUAUGUGAAUCCUGUAAUCACUUCAUCCUCUUUUCAAUUUAUAGCAAUUAUACUGAGUAGAAUCACUUUCCUCUUACAACUAUACUCAAAGAGAAUUUCUCUCUUUGUACCACCAACCAGGGGUUGGCGUCAUAAUUAUUCUGUAAUGGCAGUCUCAACUCAAGAAACGGGUUUGGAUCCUCUAUUUUUAAGUGAAUAUUAUAUCACAAUUCCCUUCCAGUAGCAUAUGAAUAAUGUUAAGCUGUGUCAUGGCCAUAGACUGAUUUUCCAAUUACCCUGUAUAUGAUGGAUAGAUGAAUCAACGUAUGGACUAAAACAUAAUCAGCCUAUUUGUAAAACUAAGUUAUUCAAGGUGAGGGUAUCCCUUUCUAGACAAAUCUGAAUUUUACUUGCAAACAUUGUAACACGUGAAUUUCGUGUUUAUUUUUCAUUCAAGAGAGAAAAAUCAUCAUGUUUGCUUAACAUCAAAUGGUAAUUUAAACACGCAAAAUAUAGAAUGACACUGGGUAUUUAGUCAUUCAAACAUCUGUCAACAUCAUUAGCUCUAACACUGAUAACUUCUGGCAAACUUUUAACAUACAUUGCGUUGAAUAAAAAUAAAGAUGUUGUGUUAAAAUCCUGCACAUCAAAGAAUAAAUUCUUUGUGGUAAAACUGCCUAGAGUCUAAAGACCUUAUUACUUCUCAGUUCUCUAGGAUAUCAAUUAUGAAAGUUUUCUUAUUUUCCAGGACUCAACCUACUUCAUUGUUUCAGAAAUGAAAAUACAUUUCUCUAAAAACAAAACCAAAGUAACAACAAAACCAACCUAGCCAAAGAAAUUCUUAGCAACAUGUGGUAUCUGAUUCAACUAGAAAGUACUGUAGAAAAUGCUAAUUUGAGUUGGCUGGUUUUAAUCAGAGCCAAAAAAUUAAAGAAUAGAAUGUAGAGAAGGUAAAGUAUAGAAACAUAAUCAUUCCUUUUGUACAAUAACAGCUCUUCUAUUUUGAGAGCAGGUACCUAAUUUAGUAACUUCACUUAAAGAUAGCAAUGAAAUAGGUAGUAAUAGAUACCCACAAAAUCCAUGCAUUUAAGUAUAAUCCAGGUUUUUAGGUCUUCACUGAGUCAAUUUGUUCUUACUUUAUACAUUAUUCUAGCUGUUUUAGUUACCUGGUUUCCGAAACCAAAACAGACUAGAAGGAGCAUAACGAAGGUGGAGAAAGGCCACUGCUAUGGGCACACUUAAGCGGUAUUUGGAGAAACUGGAGGAAUGAGAACUGCUAUCAGAAAACAAAGACAAGAAAAUGAAAAAAGCACAUCAGAAUGGAGCCAUUUAGUAAAAGGGCAUGUAGCUCUCAGUGCCUUAAUUAGACUAUCACAGUAUAAUAACUGUUGUUAAUAAUGAUCAUUUUGACAUCAAAAAAGAUUUAAAUGAUUUUCAUAUAUUGUUUAAUAAGAUAGCAAUGCAUAUUGUUUUAAAAAGAUCACCUUCAGAAAUUAUUCUGAAAAAUUUUAAUGCUUAAAGGGGUUUACGUUCUAUAGAAAACUGGGAUAUCUAGAAUGAGUCAUUCUCCAAAUAUCCAAUUAGCCAGUUCUUUCUAAAUUAGCCAUGCAUGUUUAGUCUCAAACCUAUAGUUCUAGAAUAUAAAUCUUGGUGGACAGAGUUGGAGUCAUAUUUAUAAUGUUUAAGUUUUCAGUCUGUGUCCUAUACUAGGAAUAAUGAGCAAAAAAAACAAAACAAAAACCAAAAAAAAAACAUCUUCCUAAAAUAUA